GAAGUGUGCUUCCAAAUGAGACUGUCACGCAAUCCAGCUACUGACCCAUUUUUAUUUCUUGUUCUGUGGGCUGGUUGCCACCUUGCUGUUGCUAGUUCCCUUGGGUUGAUAGGGGUUUUCAUCAAUAUGACUGCUGCGGAUGGAAGGACUCCUAUGUCCAUGUGUGAAAGAAAAGCUAGCAUAAAAGAAUUUUAUACUUUUAUAUUACCUUCUUUAAAGCAACUUGAAGCUGGCAAAAAAUGUCUGGAGGAUGAAAAGCAGAAAGCAGAGAUAAAGGGCAAAAAAUGCAGAAAAUCUGAUUUUGGGAGGGAAGAGGAAUGUGCAAUUUGCAUGCAAAUGAGUAACAAGAUCGUGUUGCCUAACUGCUGCCAUUCCUUGUGUCUCAAGUGCUACAGGGCUUGGAAUAAGCAAUCUCGGUCGUGUCCCUUUUGUCGGGAUGAGCUCAAACAAGUGAAAUCGAGUGACCUUUGGAUUUGUGUUGGCAACAAUGACAUUGUUGAUCCAUCCAUUAUCUUGAGGGACAAUCUGAGAAGGCUAUUUUGCUACAUUGAAAAAUUGCCUCUUUCCAUUCUUGAUCCUAUUAUGCUUCAACCCUAUAAUUUUCACCCGCAAUGUUUGGGCCCUCUAAUUUCCAUGGGACAGGGAUCACCCGACAAAGGAUCAUUGGAACUACAAUAACCAGUCCACCGAUGGAAGUUGGUUGUGUAAAGCAUCAUAGCAUAAACUUACCGCCCAAAGUUAGAAUUACAUAUUCCUCCAUCGUUUUUCUUGGUAGGAAUCAAUGUGUUUUGAAUGUUGUAAUUUUCUUGGCAAAUGUUAAGUGUCCCUUAUGUUGAAUGUCCAAAUCGUUUUUGAUACUCUGAUGGA